AUGGAGUUUAAAAUCGCAUGUUGGAAUAUUAGAGGAAUGAAUAAUGAAUUUAAGCAGAAUAAGGCCAUUAAGUUUAUUAGAGAAGAAAGAUUGCAAAUUUGUGCUUUUAUUGAAUCUCAUCUGAAAGUUAUGAUGAUUGAGAUGAGUAAGCAGGUUAUGCUGUGUAGGAUUGAAGCUUGUCAGGGUAGGGUCAAUUUCUUUUGUAGUUUUGUGUAUGCUAGUAAUAGUGGGAUUGAGAGAAGGGAUCUUUGGAAAAAAUUGGAUAAACAAAAGCAAUUUGUGGGAGUGUGGCCUUGGGUAAUUGUGGGAGAUUUUAAUGUUACCUUGAAUAUUAAUGAACACUCUGCAGGAGGGUCAAAUGCUACAUUGGAUAUGUGUGAAUUCAGAGAUACAGUCAAUUUGUUAGAAGUUGAGGAUAUUGGAAGUAAUGGUUUUUUCUAUACUUGGACUAAAUCACUUAAGAGUAAGGAUUGCAAAACUCUAAAGAAGUUGGCUAGAAUUUUGGUGAAUGAGGAAUUUUUAAGACAGAUUCCUGAAGCUUAUGGGAUGUUUUUACCCUACUUAGUUUCUGACCAUAGCCCUGUUGUAGUUAUCUUUAAGGAAGACUAUCCUAGAAAAGGUAGAUCAUUUAGAUUCUCUAAUUUCAUUACUGAAAAGGAUGGUUUUUUGGAUUUGGUCAAGAAGGAAUGGGAAGAUAGUGGAAUGGGGUUUCAUAUGUACAGACUUGUGCAAAAUUUUAAAAAGUUAAAGAAACCCCUUAAUAGAAUGAGUUGGAGUAAUGGCAACUUGUUUGAGAAAGCAAAUAGACUAAAGGAUAAGUUGAGGAGGGAUCCGGAAGCAUGUGAUAAAGAUCCUUAUAAUGGUGAGCUUAGGAAAGAAGCUGCUAAGUCUCUAAAUGAGUAUAUUGAAGCUGCAAAGGAUGAAAUGAAUUUGUUGCAACAAAAAGUGAAGGUGCAGUGGCUUAAAGAAGGUGACAGAAAUACUGCUUUUUUUCAUAGUAUGUUGAAAGCUCAAAGAAAUAAAAGUAAAGUGGAGAUGAUUUGUGAUGAGUUAGGAAAUAGCUAUGUAGGUGAUGAAGUGGCUGCACAAUUUGUGGCACAUUUUGAAAAUUUUCUUGGGAAAACUGAUCCAGUGGAACCAUUAUUAAAUGAUAUUUUCAAAAAUAUUCUCACCAAUGAGAAAGCUGCUGAAAUGGUGAAUUUAGUAUCUGAUGAUGAAAUUAAGGAGGCAAUGUUUGAUAUUGAUAGUAAUAAGGCUUCUGGGCCUGAUGGUUUCACAUCUAGCUUUUUUAAGAAAGCUUAG